AUGAGUCAGUUUGAAAUAAAUUCACAAUCUUAGAUUCCAUUUCAAGAAAGAAGCAAACUAAAUUCAAAUCGAUAAUUAGGGACUCCUAACACUUUAAAUGGAUAAAAUCCAAAAAUUCUAGAACCAAAUGAGUAAUGAGAUAUUUUUUAAUUUAAAUAGAUCCAUUCCUUAAAGAUCUACAUAAACAAAUAAGUAUUAGAUGUUUUAAAUUUAAGUUAAGGAAACUAAUAAAUAAGUUCUUAAAUGUCUUAAUAACCACAAUUUAAUUAUCCACUAAUGGGUCAAUAAACUAUGUAAGAUCAAGAACAAUUAGAGUAGAUAUAAAAAUUAACUAAAGAAAACGAAACAUUAAAGUAAGAAUAUAACUUAAUUAGAUAUUAAUGGAGAGCAUUAGAAUAGGAAAACUUAAAAUUAAAAAAUGAUAAGUAUAUUUUAUCUCAUGAAUAAUUUUAGCAUUUAAUUGAAUUCUAGAGACAAAUCCAAUAUUAAUGAAAUCUAAGAAUUAAAGUAAAAUACUUUAGAAUAUAAUUAGAGACUAGAUAUUGAUUUAACAAAAUGAAAAUAAAAGAUUAAAAAAUACUGUUUAAGAAGAUUAAUAUUUAUUGAUAGACUUAUAGAAAUUAAGGAAAUAAGUAGAGUAUAAUAGAGGUCUAGAAAAUUAGAUGUCAGAUUUAGAGUAAUAAUUAGCAAUUGUUAGUAAAUAAUUGUAAGAAUAAAAAAGAUAGAAUGCUUUUUAAGAAUCUGAAAUUCAAAAUUAAAAGGAGAUAUUAGAAAAAUAUAAAACAUAACUUAGAGAUCAAACUUUGGCAUUUGAAUCAUAAGUCUAAAAAAAUGAACAAUUAUUAAACGAUAACAGAAAAAUGAAAACGGCUUUAGAUUAAAUAAAUAAAGACUUACAAUAAGAAUAGGAAUCGAAUUAAAUUUUGAAUCAAAAAAUAAAUCAAAUCUAAAUAAGAGUUAAAGAUUAAGUAAGUAAUUUGUAACAAAGUUUAUCUACACUUAAUUAUCAAAAUGAAUAAUUGAAAAAUUAAAUAACUUAAUUAUAGUAAAAAGAGAAAGACCUUUAAAUUUCAUAAAAUAUGAAUGUGUAGUAAGAAAAUAAAAUAAGAUAGAUGAAUCAAUAAUUAAGUGAAUGUAUUUUAUUUCUCUAUAUUAAGAAUAGAGAUAAAUUGAAUAAAAUAAUGGAAUCAUUUCUAAUGGAAAAAUUGAAUAUACAAAAUUGGCUAAUAAAUGCUAAUAAUAGGAUUAGGAAAUUUGGAAAUUAAAAGAACAAAUAAAUUCAAUGAAUUAAUAAAAUUCUUUAAUAUCAAGUAAAUGUAGUUAGUUGGAAAAAACUAUGGAAGAUAAUUUAUAAAAAUCCUAAAAUUUAUCAUAAGAUUUAAAGGGUUAACUAGAAAAAUGGAAAAACUAUAGCAUCUAAUUAGAAUAGGAAGUAAAGAAAAGAGAGUUGGCUUUAGGGAAUUUAGAAAAUGAUUACAUAAAGACUGAUACUCAAUUAAAAUAAGUAUUAGAAUAAUAAAAUUAAUUAAAAAACGAAAGAACUAUUUAAUUAGGAAAAUUAAAAGAAAUGCAUACUGAUUUAUUAGUUUAUUAAAAAAAAUGUGAUUAAUAAGAAAGAGGUAAUAAAUUAAUAUAGUAUUAGAUAUUAUAACACUUGAGACUUAAAUUAAAGGUUUUUAAUAACAUUAAGAAAGAUUAGAUCAUGAGAAACAGAUACUUAAUCAAGAAAUUAAAUAAUUAAUGGAAGAUUUACGAAGAAUAUAAAAUUAAUAUGAUUUGAAAGCUAGAGAUUUUGAAUCUUUGUUAUAGAAACAUGAAUCAGAAACGAAUUUAAGAAAUAGAGAUAUUUAAAAUUUUAGAUCUUAAAAUGCAUCUUUAGCAGAAAUGAAUAAUGCUUUAGAACAUGAAUUGGCAAGAGAAAGAGUAAAUUUAAUAUUUAUAUUAUUAGGAAAAAUAAUUAAAAUUAGAUUCUAAGGUUAGAAAUUUAGAAAAUGAACUUCAUAAUCUCAAUUUUUAACAAUCACUUAAAUAGUAAUAUUCUUUAAAUACUGAACCUCAGUUAAAUUUGGGAAAUUAGAAACCUUAAUUAAUAGAAUUAAAUCAAGGUUUUCAAUCUCCAUAAACAAAUUAUUAAGCACUUAAUUCUCCUUAGUAUCAUCAAUCUGGAAUAAAAGUUUAAUCCAACCAAAAGCCUACAGAAGUUUCUAAUUCUCAAAUAACAAGGAAAAAUUAUGAUUUGAGGUUCUAAAAUUAACCUUAAAAUUAAUUAUAUUGA